AUGCUGCUUUUCAAUUUGGUUGUUCUGCUUCUUUUCAUUCCAGCACUCCUCCUUGCCCAGGAUGGGGCGCCCGUCGACUAUUCGGAGCGUAUGGACACUGGAGAACCCGAGUCUAGUCACCCGCCCACCAACGCCACGACGAGCAACAGCACGAUGGGUUUUAAUGCUACUACCAAGGCGGCUACGGUAAUGCAUGAAAAGCCGACUCCCACCGCCGACGCUCUUCCUGCGCAUUCGGAAGGGCAGAAGCGCAAGGACCGCGUGCCGAUAGAGCCUUAUGGAGCAGCCUGGGUUGCGCACGUGCUGCAAAUCUGGGCCGUCUCGACUUUGCCGACCAUCAUCUUCUGCGUGUGGCGGCUGAUCGCGCGGAUUCGCGACCCGGAACGGCAGCGCCCAAUGCCCAAGCAAAGUCAUCUGCUGAAA